GUCUCCUCCGCCUCGCUUUCAGCACCCGUGCGCGUUGCCCCUGGCAACACCCACCGUACCAUUUCACUCGCGUUUGGUUGGCGUCAACGGACGGAGGUUUGGAAGCAGCAAUCUCGCCAUUACACAGCCUUUUUGUGCAAAGCACAAAGAUGUCCUAGUCAAACACAGCUUGUCCUCUCCUCACCCGCCUCAUCAGCUACUGCUUCCUUCCUACCUGUCCCAAGAGACAGACGACCAUUCUCCCGGCGCCUACGCGUCCAGCUCCAGCAUCCUUCUGCUGAUCCGGCUUCACGUUCUAAUCUAAGAAGGUGGACGGACCCCGGCCCCGGGGUUUCUUGGAACGGAUCCGAGCAGGGCGGGGCAGCGAAUUCCCGUCCUUCCUGACAUCAGUGGAUGAAGAGUUGGAGGAGAAACCGAGAGAAUUCUUAAAAAUUUGGCGGGUCUAGCAGGUACGCCGCACGCCGGCCGGCGGCGCCGUCAUGCAGAGCGAGGAGGUGAAGUCGCGGUUCGGGCGGUGCCCGUACUGCCGCGCCAUGAUCUACCAGGACCUCAGCGCCAUCAUCUUCUACUGCAGCAAGUGCCGCACGCCAAUCCGAGGCAAGAACCCGCAACCCACCGACGAGACCGAGUACGCGCUGGCGCAGCUCGAGAUCCUCUCCGCCGACACCGCCUCCGUGUUCUCCGACGACGUCGAGCCGCCGAAUCCGAGGUCAUCAGCUUGGGCCGUCGAGGAUGAUGACGGUGUGCGGCCGCCGCUGCAGAGCAGGUCUGCAGCUACCGGAAGAAGCUCCGUGCCGAGCAGGCAGGGCGCAGGAGCCGCGUCGUCCUCGUCGUACAGAGACAGAGAGUUUGGUUCGAUCAGGACAGGUCCAAGAAUCGGCGGCGGCGGCGCUCUCAGCUCCGGCCUGAAUCGAGAUCACCAAACGGAGGCCGCUAGGAGCGCGUCUCCGCUGCACAGUCGCGUGACCCAGCUCCGGCCGUCGUCGCGGCGGACCAGGCGAUCGAGCACCGGCGACGUGGACGUGCGCGGCAGCGACGCGGGGUCGGGCACCGAGUCGGACUCCGAAGCGCCCGCGACGGCUACGUCGUCUUACUACACGCGCCGGUCGUCGCCGCUGAGCUCGCAGGAACUCGACGUGGCGACGGCCUUGUCAGGGUUCGAGCCGGCCGACCUUACGAGGACGCCACUCAGUGAUCCGGCGUUCCAGAAGGACCUCCUGCAGGCGCUGGACAACCUCCGCAAGCUCAUCGCCGCCGUCGACCACCCGCGGAGCAUCGACGGGCACUGGCAGGGCGCGAUGCCUCGGCUGAGCGCGUCCUGCAACGACGAGAGCGGAGGCAAGCGUACGAUAACGAGGCGCAGCUCCCGCCUCAUGCGCCGCCUCGAGUCGCAGCUCACGCGGGCGUUGCCCGCCGAGCGCCCGCGCCCGCGCCCGCGCCGAGACGCGAGCACUUCGUCCUCUUCUUCGGCGUCGAGCAGCCGGCGCGGUGGUGCCAGGGCGCGGGCGCACCAAUGCCGCCCAGUGCUGGGCGGCACGCCGUUCGUUGUCUGCGGCGAGUGCUCGGAGGUAUUGCAGCUGCCGCCCUCCCUGCCCGCCGGCAGAGUCUCCAGGCUGCAGUGCGGCGGCUGCGGCGAAGCGUUCGAGCUGACGCUGCCGGCGAUCGGCUCGACUGACCUGCCCAAGAAAAUCUUUUCAGCUCCGCAGCCUGCUGUCUACGGCGGAGAGGACGCCGAGGAGUAUCCGCUCGCGAGAAGCAACAACCUGAGCGGCGAGCAGCCACGGGCGGCGGGGCCGCUGCACCGCGUGCUGGGGUACAGCUCCGUUAGCUCGGUUAUACGCAGCCGGCGGUACGGCGAGUACAGCUGAGCGUGCAUUCUCCUUUUUUUUUUUUGAUAUAUACUAUAGGGAGAUUCAGCGGCGUGGUGAUUUGUGAAAACUCGUGAUUCUUCAUUCUUUUACUAUAUGUUGCAUAGAAUUGCUUGUAAAUUGCAAUGAGCCUGGUU